AAUUUACAGAAAAGCCCCCACGCGAGGGGAGUCUUCUUUGUUACUUUUAUUAUUUUCCCCGACUCUUCCACAUUUCAACAUAAACCCUAAUUUCUAAAAUUCGAUACUCUCCGUCUUCUACUCUGAACCGUCGCUUUAGCGUAUUGCUACGUCUUCUCAUUUCUCCUUCCAUGGAUACUCAGCAGCAGCAGCAGCAACAAUCCUUCAUUCAAGGGGCGAAAGUGCUAAUGGUUGGAGCAGGUGGGAUUGGAUGCGAGUUACUCAAGACUCUUGCUCUCUCUGGAUUCCAAGACAUUCAUAUCAUUGAUAUGGACACUAUCGAAGUCAGUAACCUCAAUAGGCAGUUUUUAUUCCGUCGUUCUCAUGUUGGGCAGUCCAAGUCUAAGGUUGCCAGAGAUGCAGUCUUGAGAUUUAGGCCUCACAUUAACAUAAGAUCAUACCAUGCUAAUGUGAAGAAUCCUGAGUUCGAUGUCGAUUUCUUCAAGCAAUUUGAUGUUGUUCUGAAUGGACUGGAUAACUUGGACGCAAGGCGUCAUGUCAAUCGCCUCUGUCUUGCAGCUGAUGUUCCUCUUGUAGAAAGCGGGACAACUGGCUUCUUAGGACAGGUAACUGUGCACGUGAAGGGAAAGACAGAAUGCUAUGAGUGCCAGACCAAACCUGCUCCAAAGACAUAUCCUGUCUGUACAAUAACCAGCACUCCAACUAAGUUUGUGCACUGUAUCGUGUGGGCAAAAGACCUGCUCUUUGCGAAGUUGUUUGGCGACAAGAAUCAAGAUAAUGAUCUUAAUGUGCGUGCCAACAACGCUGCUAGCUCAUCCAAAGAGACAGAAGAUGUAUUCGAGCGUGCAGAAGAUGAAGAUAUUGAUCAGUAUGGUAGAAAGAUAUAUGAUCAUGUGUUCGGUUACAACAUUGAAGCGGCGUUGUCCAAUGAGGAGACAUGGAAAAACCGUACACGGCCUAGGCCUAUAUACAGUAAGGAAGUCUUGCCUGAAAGUCUGUCUCAACAAAAUGGGACAACUCAGAAUUGUUCUGCUACUGAUGAUGAUUCAACGGUCUCUGCCAUGCCGUUACUUGGCCUGAAGAAUCCACAGGAAUUGUGGGGUCUAACACAGAAUUCUCUAGUGUUCAUAGAAGCAUUGAAGUUGUUCUUCGCCAAGAGAAAGAAGGAAAUAGGACACCUUACUUUUGACAAAGAUGAUCAGUUAGCUGUAGAAUUUGUCACUGCUGCUGCAAAUAUCCGCGCUGAGUCUUUUGGAAUUCCUUUGCACAGUCUUUUUGAAGCCAAAGGCAUCGCUGGGAACAUUGUUCAUGCCGUUGCUACAACUAACGCCAUUGUUGCUGGUUUGAUUGUUAUCGAAGCUAUCAAAGUGCUGAAAAAGGAUGCGGACAAGUACAGAAUGACAUAUUGCUUAGAGCACCCAAGCAGAAAGAUGCUUCUUAUGCCAGUGGAGCCAUUUGAACCUAAUCCUGCUUGCUAUGUCUGUUCCAAGACCCCAUUAGUACUUGAGAUCAAUACUCAGAAAUCAAAACUACGGGAUCUAGUUGAUAAAAUUGUCACAGCCAAGCUUGGAAUGAACCUACCGUUGAUUAUGCAUGGGGCUUCACUUCUUUACGAAGUUGGUGAUGAUCUUGAUGAUAUUAUGGUUGCAAACUACAAUGCUAAUCUUGAAAAGUCUUUGUCGGAACUUCCUUCUCCUGUUAUCAAUGGAAGCAUUCUCACUGUGGAAGAUCUUCAGCAAGAGCUAUCUUGCAAGAUUAAUGUCAAGCACAGGUUCUUUCUUAUACCUUUCGAAUACUUCUUUAGUUAUCUGAGAUGGGUUUUCAUCAGACAUCAUCCUAUUGUUCUCAAAAAUGUAGUAUUGAAAGCUUUAUAGUAGUCCUUACAUCGUUCCAUGUCAGACGAUUUAUGCAUCACCUGCUGCUUAUUCUGUACUGUCACAGGGAAGAAUUUGACGAGGAAAAAGAACCUGAAGGAAUGGUUCUCUCUGGAUGGACACAAUCUCCAGCUACCAACGGCGAGAGCGCAUCAACAUCAAACAAUGAGAAUGAGAAGGCUGUUGAUGUCACAGAGAGUUCCUCAGGACCGGAGAUGGCUUCUAAGAAGAGAAGACUCUCUGAGACUCAGCCCGAGAAUGAUAAGAAAGAAACAGAGAACGUCGAGAGUGAUGAUGAUGAGAUCAUGGAGAUUGAAAAUCCCGUGAUGGUCAGCAAGAAGAAGAAAAGAGUUGAAUAGGCUUUUCCUAAAAGCUCUGAUGUCUGAAUCAUUGCUCUUUGUUCUUUCUAACUUUGUACUUUCUGAGCUUGUGUCACGAGAAUUACAUGUACGGAUUAGGGGAUUCUUUGAUGGGGGGAAAGAAUUACUCAGAUGGUUAAAAGUAUUUAUUUAGGAUCCUUUGAAGGAGGGAGCUCAGCAAACUCAAGCGAAAGCAACUUUGCUUUCAUAGUUUCUGUAAUAUUUUCAGUUUUCACUAACUGUAAGAGCGCCCUUGUAUUUUAAUUCUCAACUACUUUUUCAAUUCAUCUCUUAUAAGUGGUCA